AUGAAGCAGGGGACGAUCCGUUCGCGGAUUGGGCUCACAGGAGUUUUUCUCCUCCUGGCUGCCUGGAGCGUUGCUAGCCCUAUAGAUGGUUCAAGACGUCAGAUCUUGCUUGAUCGUCUUCCUAUCUUAGCCCGGCUACGGCGCGGCAGUUCCCUCAUUGAGUCCGGCACUUCCGGGCCGGAUCCCUCUCAGCGCCUCACGAGAACGGAUAAAAUACGGAAGCCGAGAAGCGACAGGCGAAGCUAUCGCUAUGUGGAGCUGCCUAACGAGUUGCGCGCUCUCCUCGUUUCAGAUCCGGAAUGCGAUGAAGCAGCUGCGUCGAUGCGUGUGGGUGUAGGCUCCACGUCGGACCCCCCCGAUAUCCCUGGCCUUGCUCAUUUUACAGAACACAUGCUGUUUCAGGGGUCCAAGCGAUUCCCCGGUACGCAUGACUUUUUCGACUUUGUUCACGAUCAUGGAGGUUAUACAAAUGCCUUCACAAGCAAGUUUUCAACGGUCUUCUCCUUUUCCAUCGGCCCCCAGUUUCUCGAACCGGGACUUGACCGUCUGGCCGACAUAUUCUCAGCCCCGCUGCUGAAAGACGAAAACCUGCUCAAGGAAGUCAACGCUGUUCAUUCAGAGUACAUUGUUGAUCUCACCGAUGACAAUCAUAGAAAGCAUCACCUCAUUCGGCAGACAGCAAGCGGCGGUCCGUUGUCGAACUUCACCGUCGGCAACCUCGAGAGCCUCGUCGAGCGCACGAAGCAGCAGGGUAUCGACCCAGUGAAAGCCAUGCGCCAGUUCCACAAUAGAUGGUACUCCUCAAAUCUCAUGACGCUGGCUGUAGUCGGUCGAGAGUCUCUGGAUAUCCUCGAGAGCCACGUACGCCAGCACUUCAGUAAUGUUCCCAAUGGACGCGUCACCGCACCUGUCUUCGAAGAAUGCUCUGAAACUUUCGUUCCUCUUGCCCCGAACGAACUUGGCACUCAGGUUAAUGUGAGCUUAACUGAAGAAGGACGGUCCAAGGACAGCGUCUAUAAAAUCGGCUUGAGGCUUUUCACCUUUCUUCGAAACCUUGGCGCUGCUCGUCCUGAGCGCUGGCGUGUGACGGAGAUGGCCAAGAUUCGCCAACUUGGAUUUACGUUCGCCGAUAUGCCUGAUCCGUAUGCAUUAACUGUCAGAGCUGUGGAAGGGUUGUACUACUACACGCCUGAGGAAGUGAUGGCUGGUGACCAGCUUAUCUAUCGGUUCGAUCCCACCCUCGUUCAGCAAUAUCUGCAGAAGUUCCUGGUGCCCGACAACGUCCGCCUCUUUAUUUUUGACAAGAAGCUUGCCGCAGGUGCAUCCCGUGAGGAGUACUGGUUCAAGAUCAAGCACAUGGUUGAGCCCAUAUUGGAACCUGUCUUGAAAACAUGGAAGGAUAUCAGCAAAUCUCCUUUAGACAUGGUACAGAAAAUAAUGGAGAUGGGCCGUAUGGCGCUUCCUGCUCCGAAUCGAUAUCUGCCCAAUAAUGUAGCCGUGCUUCACCCGCCUGUUUCCGCGGAAAGCCGUAGAGAGACGGGCACCUUUCCGGAACCUCUCGUCUUUCCCGAGGACCACGCCUGCUCCAAUAAAUGCACUGUCUUUCACAAGCAAGACACCACAUUCGGUUCUCCGAAGGCCGUUGUCGAACUUCAAAUGUAUUACACUGGAAACCAUCCGGACGACGUCCGAGAGCGCAUCCUGACUACGCUGUACGUGCUGAGCAUAAAGCUCGCCCUGCGUGAGCGGUUCUCCGAUGCACAUAGAGGAGGCUUAUCUCUUGGCCUGUCUAGUGGCGUGACUUUGGGGUCCCCCACCCUUCCGACUGUGAAACGGCAGAAGGUGCUGACACUCUACGCAGCAGGCUUCUCGGAUAAACUCGAUUACUUUUUUCGAGCAGUCGCAAAGAAUCUAGCUGCCGCGGAGAGUGCUUCAGAUGAAAACAGGACAAGUCCUUCGCCUACGGCUCUUGGUGUCACUGUGUCUCAUGGCCUGAGACAAGCGGUGCACUCCAAAAUCACCCUCCCUUCGAGUGUCCUGUCUUCGGUCCAUUCAAGCCGUUUAGACAGCACCGCGGUUCGCUUUCCUGGAGGCGGCGGUCUUGCGCGUCGAACCCUCCUGCACUCCCAGAUUACGACCCUGCAGCAGAAACCGGCAUCUGUGGCUCUGACUGUGAUGAGAAGUCCCAUAACAAAUGUGGGAAUCCCUGUUUCUCGAUCGCGCCAAGGCGGGGACACUGGAAGCGCGGCUGCCGGAGGCAGUUUUACUGGAGAGAAACCCCUUCUGGAAAAGCGGUUCGUAAAAUUAGCUCUGGACAGCUUGCGGACGCAACUGCGAGUUACGACCUUCAACCGAAGUCCCUUGCGGCAAGCAAACGACGCUGUUUUGGAGCUGGUCAUGCAUCCAUACAUUCCAGUGCACAAGGUGUAUGCUGCCUUUCUGGAAAUGGAAAAGGAGUAUCGGACUUUGGACACGAUCUUUGAAGAGGUUGCAGACUGGGGGAAAAAGAUAUGGAAUGAAGCUGCCAUCGAGGGGCUCGUCCAGGGAAACAUUUCCUCUGAAUCAGCAGCACAGCUUGUGGGAGACGUGAUUUCCCUGCUUCCACUCAAGAACAUCGUUUCGGCCGACUCCAUUGCAAAACCCACAAUUUCUCCGCUGUCUUCCCUGGGGGAAGCAAGUUCCGCUGUAUCCGACUCCUCCCCACAACGGCUGUCUGUCGUUUCCGACACGCCUACAUCGAACGACACAGCAUAUGUGCCGUCCUCCGAAAACCAAACGCCAGCGUCAACUGGGCAUGCGCCUUCUGUCGUUUUUAGAGGCCCGCCUCUCGCCGAACGUAUCCUGAAGGCUCUGCCACCCUUUGGUAAAGUACGAGCUAUACGGAGGCGCUGGGAAGUGAGGGGCGCAAACGCACACAGUUUGCAGUAUAGGCCCUUGAGGUUUUCAAGUGCCUGGUUGAAUCCGAACCCAACUGAGGAAAGACGAAUCUUGCUGCGACGGGUACUGAGGAGGAGGUUGGCGGCAAUGAGGCAGAAGGCGCAAACGGACACACAACAGAACCCGUUCGUUGUCUUCGCGUUCCGCCGGCCUCCCACCGUGGCGCGGCGUCUACGCAUAGCACAAGGUCGCUCCUUUCUGCAGAGCCAAGGUGAAGUUUCGAAAGGGUCCGAGGACCCUGCCGCCGGUGAAGCGGGCGACGGCCCGUGCGCAGAAGGUGCAUGUGCUCAGAGGCUGUGCAGAGGCAGCGAAUGUCAGCAAACGCCUAAACGGGCCUCCGAAAGUCCGUGCACAGGGGAGGCGUGCAGAGGAUCCCCUUGUACUUCCCUCGAAUGCCAGCGAUCACCUUCGAGUAAAGCUGAGCAGCCCUGCACGGACAACGACUGCUCUGGCCCAUGCCGGGGACCAGGGUGCUCGUCCGCAGCAGCCUCUCAACUAUCCGAUUGCACCGAAGCGGAGUGCGGCAGGACUUGUCCUGGCUGCAAGCAUCUAGAAGAGAAAUCGCUUCACCUGCGUUCUAAAAGGAAGAAUAUGAAUCCUAAUGACAAGAAGAACCAAGCUUAUCUUGUAAUUGAGGUGAGGCAAAUGGAAGACCGCAGAAAGCUAGUGUCACCUGUUGAGGGGAGGGACACACUCAAGAACAUCCGCGACCGGGCAAUAUUGCACAUGAUCAGCCAGUGGAUGUCUCAGCGAUUCUUCAACAGGCUUCGGACUGAGCAGCAACUGGGGUAUCUGACAGCGAUGAGAUAUAGUCGUUUGGAGGACAAAUAUUACUACGGAUUUUUCAUCACUUCAACUUAUGACCCCGCGCAAGUGGCUGACCGCAUUGUGCAGUUCAUUUACGCGGAGCGUUCCAAAGCCCUAUCACAAGAGGAGUUCGCCACGCUCCAGCGGGCGGCUAUAGAUGUUUGGAAGCAAAAGCCCAAGAACAUUUUCGAGGAAUUCAGCAAGAACCGGCGCCAGGUUAUACUGGGAGAUAGGCUCUUUGACAUCAACGAACGCAUGGUUGCUGAACUCGAGCGAGUGACUCCGGAGGAAAUUCAGAGUUUUAAGGAGAGGACGAUGUUCAACGCACCCUGGUUGCUCAUGGAAGUCUACUCUCAGCGAGAAGAACCACAGAAGCUUCCACAAGCCAGCAUUACAUCCGGCGAAGGCAGUGCCAACCCAUGGCUCGACGUUAAUCCUGAAUUGUUGUCGAAUAUCAAUGUGCCAGAGUCGGAAGAUUCUUGA